AUGAGUUUUGACCGCUAUGUGGCCAUCUGUAACCCCUUGCGCUAUUCCUCAGUGCUCACUGAUGCCCGUGUAGCCUACAUAGGCAUAUCCAUUAUCAUCCGCAGCUUUUGCAUGGUCUUUCCAUCUCCCUUCCUCCUGAAGAGGCUGCCCUUCUGCAGGGCCAAUGUCCUGAUCCACCCCUUCUGCUUGCACCCUGACAUGAUCCGCCUGCCCUGUGGAGAUACCACCAUCAACAGCAUGUAUGGCCUGUUCAUUGUCAUUUCUGCCUUUGGUGUAGAUUCAGUGCUCAUUCUUCUCUCCUAUGUGCUCAUUUUGCACUCUGUGUUAGCCAUUGCCUCCAAGGAAGAGAGGCUCAAGACACUUAACACAUGUGUAUCACAUAUCUGUGCUGUGCUCAUCUUCUACGUGCCCAUGGUUAGUGUAUCAAUGGUCCAUCGAUUUGGGAAGAAUGCCCCUGAGUAUGUGCACAAGUUCAUGUCCUUGGUCUAUCUCUUUGUGCCUCCAAUGCUCAAUCUAAUUAUCUAUUGCAUCAAGACUAAGGAGAUUCGCAAGAGGCUACACAAGAUGUUUUUUGUACCUAAGCUCUGA